AUGCUCCUCUGGCUGCAUGUUGCUGUCAUGGCGGCACUUCCCCAAGGGGUCCAACCGCAGGUUCAGCUGGUGGAGUCUGGGGGAGACGGGAAAAUGGCAGGAGACUCUAUCAACAUCUCGUGUAAAGCCUCCGGGUUCACCUUUGGUGACUACUGGAUGCACUGGUACCGGCAGGCUCCCGGGAAAGCACCCCAGUGGGUGUCCGGCAUUAGCUAUUGGGCCGGAGCCGACAAGAGAUACGCGGAGUUGGGCGAGUGCGGGAGACUCUUUGCUCGCGCGGUCAAUUGGUUUAUUCAUUUAUUUCUGUUUCCAGGUGCCCUUUCCCAGGUGCAGCUGGAGGCGUCCGGCCCUGGGGUGGGGCAGGUCUCCGAGCCCCUCACGCUCACCUGCGCGGUCUCGGGUGACUCCGUCACUGCUGAUUACUGGGAUUGGUACCGGCAGCUUCCCCGGGGAGCGCUGGACUGGCUGGGAGAGAUUGACUGGUACAACUCGCAGUGGCUCGUACGCUACGCCCCAUCUGUCCAAGGCCGAGUCACCCUCUCUGCGGAUUCCUCCAAGAACCAGUUCUCCCUGCAGCUCCGCUCGCUGACAGCUGCGGACACCGCCACCUAUUACUGCGCCAGGAGAGACACAGUGACACAGAGACAGGGACCCGUCAGACAGAAAGGGGGGAACCCCUAUGCCCCGCCCGGGCGGGGGGCUGAACCCGCCUGGCUUUUCCCCUUCUCUCAGGCCCCCUCUGCGGGGGACAAGGUGGGGGACAAGCUUCCCCCAUUUACUCUGCAGCGACGCUUCUUUCACCUAAGCUAG